AUGUGCCAACGGGCCGACGACGAGGCCGGCGACGCAGAAAAGGCGACGCAUGCCUCGCCGGCGACGACGACGCGCCUCGCCACGCAAGGAUGCCACGGUCCUCGGCGUAGUAGCGCAGCGGACAACGCACGCCUCGCCGGCUUCCGGAGCGACGCGAAAAGGAAAAUGUCUCUCGCCUGGGUCCGGCGCCUGCUCGUCGUCGCCUCGCCCCUCGUCGGCUUCGUCCUCGUCGUCGGCGUCUGCCUCCUCGCGAGCUAUCGGGGCGAAGGCGCCGGCGGCUGGAGGAACCGCGGGAUGCUGCUGCGCGAGAGGCAGUGGGACGGCGGCGCGCGGGCCGUAAGGGCGGCCGGCAACAGCACGCUCGGCUUCGGCAGCAUCCGCUACAUCAACCUGCGCAGCCGGUACGAUCGGCUCGACGCCGCGUCGAUACAGGCCUUCCUCACGGGCCUGCGGCUGACCGAGUCGCGGGCCGUCGAGCCCGACAUGAUACGCGACGUCGGCAUGCCGCCCAUGCACAACCCGGGCUAUCUCAAGCCCGGCCAGAAGGGCUGCUGGCGGGCGCACGCCAACGUGAGCGCCGUCCUCGCCGUCCCCAUCUGGGCGUCGAUGCUGCGGGGGAACGCGGCGCCCGUCCUCGUCAUCGAGUCCGACACGACGUGGGACCUGCACGUGCGGAGCAUCAUGUCCGAGGUGAACCGGCACUUCACCAAGCUGCUGAGGGACAUUGAGUCGACGGCGCUGCCGCAGCCAGCCUGGGGGGCGCCGUCGGAGCGCUCGCCCUGCAGGCCGACGCGGGAGGACCCGUGGUGCAGCGGCCACUGGGACAUCCUGUCCAUCGGGCAGUGCAUGGAGGGCGGCAAGGACAGGGACGUCAGCGUCUUCUACCACGACCCGCACGUUCCGCCGGGCAAGGACUAUUGGGGCCGGACCCUCGGGCGCGAGAGGGUCGUUCGACGGUCGGGCGGCUUCGCCUGCACCACGGCCUACGCCAUCAGCCAGACGGGCGCGGCCAAGAUGCUGCUCCGGAGCGCCGUCGACCUCAACGCGCCCGUCGACCUGCUCAUGCGCGAGCUCGUCACGUCGGGCGACCUCGUCGCCUACAGCGUGAUGCCACCCGUCGUGGCCCAGUGGCGCUACGCGGACAACAUCGGCAUGGGCCUGCGGGGCGCCAACAGCGACAUCAACCAGGACAAGAAGGAGGAGGAAGACGAGGGCAGCGGCUGGGCGGCGGUGAAGGAGAGCGGCAGCGUCUGGGGCACGUGGCCGCAGGACGUCGACGUCGCCUUUGAGGAGAUGGCGCUCGAGCGGGCGUGGGACCUCAUCUUUCCCGGCAACGAUUCCCUGAGCGUGCUGUACGACGGCAAGUGA